CGGCGGCCUCGCCUCGCGCCCCAGCCCGUCGGUCGGUCCAGCCACCCGCGUCCGCACAUCUCCUCUGGGCUUUAAACGCUGCUCUGAGCCCCACGGUGCCCCCUGAAAAUGUUGGUGCUUCUGGCCUUCAUCAUCAUCUUCCACAUCACGUCCACAGCCUUGCUCUUCGUCGCCACCAUUGACAAUGCCUGGUGGGUAGGAGAGGAGUUUUUUGCAGACAUCUGGAGAGUGUGUGUCAACAACACGAACUGUACGGAACUCAGUGACUCUGUUCAAGACUUCUCCACGGUGCAGGCGGUCCAGGCCACCAUGAUCCUGUCCACCAUCCUCUCCUGCAUCGCCUUUCUGAUCUUCGUGCUCCAACUCUUCCGACUUAAGCAGGGCGAGAGGUUUGUUUUAACCUCCAUCAUCCAGCUCAUGGCUUGCCUGUGUGUCAUGAUCGCAGCUUCCAUUUACACAGACCGGCGCAAAGAUAUUCACGAGAACAACAGAGAACUGUAUGCCCAGACGUCGGGCGGCAGCUUCGGCUACUCCUUCAUCCUGGCCUGGGUGGCCUUUGCGUUCACCUUCAUCAGCGGCCUCAUGUAUCUGAUACUGAGGAAGCGCAAGUAGGGCCCAGGAGCUGGGUGGCUUUCGCCGCGGUUCAGAAUCCACGUUCAGAUAACCGUUUUGUAUAUAAUCAGUUUUUUUGUGUGUGUGGUUUUUCUAGCAAACACAUUGUUUCCUUUAAAAGCCAAAGGAGGAGUUUUUACAUUCUUGAGAUCAGAGACUAGACUAUGAAGGCUGGAAUUCAGACCUCCCGCCCAUCCGAAAGCCUCAACACGACAAAGCCAAAAAUCUUGCAAUGCUCAAAUCCAAAAGUGUUCAGCAGGAUCUUUCCUAACCACGGGGAUGUAAUGGGAUGGACAAGAGGCCGAGAAAGCCAGGUCUUGGGGGGCAUCUUCCCCUAGGUUUGGGCUACACUGAGCCCCCCUCCGUCACCUCAGCUUCUCUGUACUGAAUCUGUGUGUUUAGUGGUGGAAGGUGGGGAGCGGGAUCCAGGUAGGGGAGAAAACCUCCUUGGAUGCCUAGCCAAGUUCCACAUGAGAGAUGGGUAUAAACCCCCCGGUGUUCUGUCUACAUCCAGACCAGAGCCCCAAUCCUCCUGUCAUGGACUAGCUUCAGAAAGUGCCACCCACAUUUGCUGACAGUGUACCUGCUUGCCUUCAGGAAGGUGAGCUUUAAUCUGGGGGUCUGAUUUAGGCACACACGUGAUCCCCUGGGCACCUUGUAAAAUGCAGGCUCUCUGGGUCCCUCCCUAGACCUACAGAAUCAGUCUUCGGGAAUGGGGCCUGGGAACCUGCAUUUGUAACAAGCUCCUUGGUGAUGCUCAGGUGCCUUAAAAUUGAGGACCGUGGCGGUCCCAGGGCCAGGUGAGCAGAACUGCCUCAUACAUGUUAAAGAUCUCAUCGCGUGGAGAUGGGGAGGUGGGUCUAGACUGCACUGAAAGCCCAAACCUUGGCCUCCAGCACUGGCUCAUCCUUCACUGCCCCUUCCACAGCUGCUCACAUCUGGACCACCCAAAGUCCAGUCCCAGGGCUUGCAUCCUGACAGCCAAACACCCCAGAGUGGGGUGCGGGGAGGAUACAGCUUCCUCCCUACCCUAACUCAGAAGGCCUCUCCCUUCUCCUCCUGCUCUGCCUUCUCAGGCUGCCUGACCUCUACGACGCCUCACUUCUGGAGUCAUAGAGGACUGUUCGCCAUUCAUUCAUCCGUCCACAUAAGUGAUGGAGUGUUUGUGCCAGGCACAGGGGAAACCAUGUCCAGACAGCCUGUCUCCUCGUGGGGCUCAUUGUCUAACGGAGGAGACAGAUUAAAAACCGAUUAGGGAAACGAAUUACAAACAGCGGUGAAGGUUGCCGAGAACACAACCAAGGAUUCCGAAGAGAGGUCCAUGUGAUGGGCGGGGCCCGCACUGAGCCUGCCUGGGUUUAAAAGCUCCGGGAGGAUUUAGAUCAGCCUGAAUAUCGCUCCACUCAGCCGAGGCAGGUGGCGCGGACGGAGCCGCGCAGGCCGCCUGGCACCCGGAGAACGCUUCCUUCCCUGGAGGGGCCCAGGGUCCUGACCGAGGAUGAAGCCCCGGGAGGGCCCUAGAUUGCCGUGGUUCUCACACUUCAGUCGGUGCACGUGUCUCUCGUGGGACGCUGCCUGCCAGGGUCCCGGUAAGUGCAGCCGGGGACUCCGAGGCUGCACGGAGGAGUAGGGCUCUGGGAGGAUCCUCAGCGCUGGGAGGUGGGGGGCAGCACGGGGACCCCAGGACGUGACUAUGGGAGAAGCCCUUUGCCCCUCACUCCCUGUUCCCUCCCGUGUUGAGAGCCUGCUGCUGGGAGGUGUGCCUGGGACCCGUCUGCGCAUGUCAGCACUGGUGCCGUGUAAAUGACCUCCUGCUAAAUGAAGCGUCAGCCCACUUCCUGUGGAGCUGGGGAAAUGUCUGGUUUAAGUCAUCCAGGGUCUCCAUGGAUACCUCUUUCAUGCAGGAUCAGGUUUUCUCUCCAUCUACCCGUUCACUGCAUUCAGUUUCAGCAGAAUACUAAAUGCUGUGUUCCAAGCACUGUGCAAGGCUCUGAAAACAUAGGCCUAUCCAGACAUCCUGCCUGAGACAGGGCUCCCCUCCCUGCAGAGAGGCCACUAGCACAGUGCAGCGGGGCAUGGGGCCAGAUGAUCACUUCCUGCCUCUGGAAAACUCUCAUUAGCCCUGUUUGCCGUAGGAGUGCAGGUUACACUGUUGGGUUUGGCGGGAUGCUACACACACCUUGUGGAGGAAGGUAGGUGUAAGUGCCCUCAUUAGUCCUGUUUGGGGUAGGAGUGCAGGUUACGCUGUUGGGCUUGGCGGGAUGCUACACACACCUUGUGGAGGAAGGUAGGUGUAAGUGCCCCCAAGAUUUCUGCUCGGGUGUCUUGUCUGUAACUCCCUGAUAGCCACAGUGGAAACAAGCAGAACCCCUUAGAAUCAGAAUUCAGAAAGCUUCAUCCACAAGCAAUGAAUGGAUUUCCUUUUCCAAAAGGCUCUAGGAGUGGGAUCUGCAAUGACCCAUGGAUUUCCCUGGCUGGUCUCUCCACUAUUCCUGUAUAGCAUUCAGCGCCCACAUCCAUCUGUGAUGCCAAGGUUUUGUGAAGCAACAGAGCUUCCUUUCCCCCCACGACGUGAUGUGCCCUGGGGAGGUGGAAAAGCAGUGAUGGCAUGAGCAAGACACUACCCAACCUUCUUACCCAUCGGUAGGUUCGGCCCUUGGUGCUCAUGAUCAGUUACUCAAGGACAACAACAGAGACAAUGAGCUAAGACAUCCAAGAGGCAAAUAUUAGGACCAAAUGUAUUACUGAUGGCAACUUCAUUUGAGGGAACUGUAGUUUGCAUAUUUUAGGACAUUUUUAUAAAGUACUGUAAUUCAUUGAGGGGCUAUGAAUGAAGACAGACUAACUCAUUUUUGUUACUCGCAUUAAAAUUACUUUGGGUCUCUGUUCAAAUAAGUUUGGAGAAUGCUUCAUUUGUUGCUCUGCGUGAAUGUAUAUACUCAUACCUGAAUAUAGGAAAAUUGGAGACAUUUCCCCCCCACCCAGCCCCACGUUGUCUGCAAUGGGUUGUGUGCCUCUGCGCAUCCCUAAUCCACAGGAUGAAGCCCUAGGAUGCUCUGUAUUCACUGGUGAUGAAGAAACCUAACCCCCCAGGCCUGUAUGUAAGCACACUAAAUGCAGUAGCUUGAAUAGAUGCUGUAGCCUCAUUUAAAAUCUGUCUGGAUGGGAAUUACUAAACUCGCUAAUUUGAAAGAUUACUUACAAUACAGCAAGUUGGACAGUUUUGUAUAUUGGCGGGGUGGGGGCGUGCAGUGGUGAUGGGGAGACGCUAGGGAAAGGUGUAGAGGUUAAGUUGGAAUCUUGAUUUGGGGACAAAUGUGACUUUAAGAGUAGUUAGAUACUUUCUACUUAAUGUGCCUUUAAAGUAGCCCAUUUUCUAUGUUUUGUAUAAUCUGAAAUUGUACAUUGAAAAAUAAAGUUUAAAACCAGAUUACCCA